AUGUUGAAAUUUUUGAUUUUCGCUAGUUUUUUCUAUUCCGGAUUCUCACAAGACUCCAAUAGAUCCAGCGCCUAUAUUUGUAAAUAUGUGAGUUUUUUUUUAAAUUUUAAAAACCUAAUUUAAAUUUUUUAUUCAAAAAUCCAGAACACUGAUAAUUGUGUGUCACGUUGGAAGAUCUCUCAAAUCACAGGCAUGACAUUUUCCGAUUCUUGUAAUUUUUUGAAAGAUUGCGGCGAAUCCAUGGAUCUUUGCUUCGUAUACGACCACAAAGAGGAGCCGGUUUACCCGGGUUGCGAGAUUUAUUGGCGAUUCCAACAACCAGAUAUGAUUCAGUGUGUGCUCAAUGUGCAAUUCAUUGAGAAACACUAUUCGCCUUGUCAUAUUGAACAAAAAGAUUCGCGAAAAUAUUGGAGUAUGGUGAAGUGUGCUGGACAUUUGGUGGAAGCUUGGUGCAAUUUGGAGCAAAUUGCGAUUUUUCAAAAGUAUCGGGAGCAAAUGAUCGAGUUUCUCGAAAAAUUUUUGAAGAAUAAUUGA